AUGAUUGGACAGUCUGAUAGCGAAAGAACUGUCCCGACCACGCCCGGCUGCCCGACCAAGCCCGACCAAGCCCGACCAAGCCCGGCUGCCCGACCAAGCCCGACCAAGCCCGGCUGCCCGACCAAGCCCGACCAAGCCCGACCAAGCCGGCGACCAAGCCCGACCAAGCCCGACCAAGCCCGACCAAGCCCGACCAAGCCAGGCGACCAAGCCCGACCAAGCCCGACCAAGCCAGCCAAGCCAGGCGACCAAGCCCGACCAAGCCAGGCGACCAAGCCCGACCAAGCCCGACCGAGCCAGGCGACCAAGCCCGGCUGCCCGACCAAGCCCGACCAACCGGCCAACCGCGAACACCUGCCGGGCACCAACCUCCCCCCCCCACUCCUUCCCCCAGCCCUCCGCCUCUCGUGCGCCUCCGCCUCCGUCGCCUACGUCACGACUAGAUUGCUUAUAGGCCUACGCCCGCUGACAGUUGUGAGACACAUCAGACAGCCGAAAUGA